GUUUUUUUCCGUUUCUUGAUCUCUAUUCAUUACCUGAAUCAGCCCUUUCAUGGGACCGUUACUUCUACUAAAUUUUUUGUCUUAAAGGUUUUUUCUCUAUUGGGUCAAAAUGGGUAUUGAAAAGUUUGGAGCUUUCAUCUUGAUCUCGAUCUUGAUUUGCAUCUGCCAUGGAUUCACACCUCAAGAUAAUUACUUAAUCAACUGUGGAUCACCAAGCAAUGGAACACUAAUGGGUCGAAUCUUUAUGUCUGAUAAGCUCUCUUCGAACUUACUUACUUCUUCCAAAGAGAUUCUCGCAAGCGAAAGUGAUAACUCUGGCUCAGACAUUUACCAAACGGCGAGAGUCUUCACCGAAGUCUCUAGCUACAAAUUCUCUAUCACUCGUGGUCGUCAUUGGGUUCGUCUCUAUUUCAAUCCUUUUGACUAUCAAAACUUCAAAAUGGGUUCAGCUAAAUUCGCAGUUUCGUCACAAAGUCAUGUCCUUUUGAGUGAUUUCAAUGUUAAGAGUCCGAGAGUUGUUAAAGAGUACUCUUUGAAUGUGACUACUAAUGAUUUAGUGCUCACGUUUACUCCCUCGGGUGGUUCGUUUGCGUUUGUGAACGCUAUCGAGGUUAUAUCGAUUCCGGAUACUUUGAUCACUGGUAGUCCAAGGUUUGUAGGUAAUCCUGCGCAGUUUCAGGAUAUGUCAAUGCAGGGUCUUGAAACCAUUCAUAGAGUGAACAUGGGUGGUCCGCUUGUUGCGGCUAACAACGAUACUCUUACGAGAACUUGGGUGCCUGACUCCGGGUUUCUACUUGAGAAGAAUUUAGCUAAGACUGUGUCUAAGUUUUCAACUGUUAACUUUGUUCCAGGAUAUGCAACAGAGGACUCUGCGCCAAGAACCGUUUAUGGUAGUUGUACUGAGAUGAAUUCCGCGGAUAACCCGAAUAGCAUUUUCAAUGUCACUUGGGAGUUCGAUGUUGAGCCGGGUUUUCAGUACUAUUUCCGCUUCCACUUCUGCGAUAUUGUUAGCUUGUCUUUAAACCAGCUAUAUUUCAAUCUUUAUGUUGACUCAAUGGUCGCUGCUACGGAUAUUGAUCUUAGCACUCUUGUGGAUAACACUUUGGCUGGUGCAUACUCAAUGGACUUUGUCACGCAGACUCCAAAGGGUAGUAAUAAAAUCCGUGUGAGCAUCGGUCCGUCUACUGUUCACACCGAUUAUCCAAAUGCGAUUGUGAAUGGAUUGGAGAUCAUGAAGAUGAAUAACUCUAAGGGUCAGCUAAGCACCGGGUCAUUUGUGCCUGGUAGUAGUUCAAGCAGUAAGCAGAGUAAUCUCGGGAUGAUUGUAGGUUCAGCCAUUGGUUCGUUGCUCGCGGUAGUCUUCUUGGGAAGUUGCUUUGUGUUGUAUAAGAAGCGGAAACGUGGCCAAGACGGUCAUUCAAAGACUUGGAUGCCGUUUUCAAUAAACGGAACUUCAAUGGGAAGCAAAUACUCCAACGGAACUACGCUUACAAGUAUAACUACCAAUGCCAAUUACCGUAUUCCCUUUGCAGCGGUUAAAGACGCUACAAAUAACUUUGACGAGAGUCGCAACAUCGGGGUGGGCGGUUUUGGUAAAGUCUACAAAGGAGAGCUUAAUGACGGUACAAAGGUAGCUGUGAAAAGAGGAAACCCAAAAUCUCAACAAGGGCUUGCAGAAUUCAGGACAGAAAUCGAGAUGUUAUCUCAGUUUCGUCACCGCCAUUUGGUUUCUCUGAUCGGUUAUUGUGACGAGAACAAUGAGAUGAUACUGAUUUACGAGUAUAUGGAGAAUGGAACGGUUCUCUGUGCUAGACCUGUUAUCGACCCAACACUUCCAAGAGAGAUGGUGAAUCUUGCAGAAUGGGCGAUGAAAUGGCAGAAGAAAGGACAACUAGAUCAGAUCAUCGACCAGUCGCUUCGCGGAAAUAUCAGACCCGAUUCGUUAAGGAAAUUUGCGGAAACAGGUGAGAAAUGUUUGGCUGAUUACGGUGUCGAUAGGCCAUCUAUGGGAGAUGUGUUGUGGAAUCUUGAAUACGCUCUGCAGCUACAAGAAGCAGUCGUCGAUGGCGAACCAGAAGAUAACAGCACGAAUAUGAUCGGUGAAUUACCGCCACAGAUCAACAAUUUCAGUCAGGGAGACACAAGUGUUAACGUUCCAGGCACAGCGGGACAAUUCGAAGAAUCGAGCAUUGACGAUCUCUCUGGUGUUUCCAUGAGUAAAGUAUUCUCACAACUGGUGAAAUCUGAGGGAAGAUAGUGAAAGAUUGAGCAAUGCCAGAGCCUAGAGAAACCAAAGAUCUGAUCUUUCGACAGAAACAGAGCAAGCAAAGUAUGUAACCAGGAAAAAGCAUCAGGUUUUUUCAGAUAGGAUCUUUGUCUCUGCUUGAUCUGUUUCUACUGCAGAUUUUCAUCAGUCAUGAUACGAAUACUUUGAAAAUUUACCUUAUUUUGUUCCUCUCUCCCUUAUCCUGAGUUUGUAUUUUCUUGAUGUUCAUUUUGAAGUUGUCUGAAAUUUGUUUGUUCUUUUUAUUAUAUGGAUGUUUAACACUCUUGUUGUUUCAAUUGUAUUGUAAGUUUAGAAGUUAAAAACAUAAUUCUUCAUGGUUCUUGUUUGGUUUGAGAAACUGUUUAUUUCAUCUUAAUCUAUAUUGGGUUUUGUCUUGAAAGAGUAUUGGUCCGGUUCCAUUGGUUCGUUUCUUUCCUUCACCACGACCAAUUCUUGAACUUUACACAAUCAUCAAUAAAAAAUUUCCAUAGUU